CCAUCCGAUACGGUCAGGAUGGCUAGCUUGAAGUAUAGGCAGGACGGUCAAAUAACUUGGCGUCGGAUAUCUUCCAUUCAGAAUACCAUCACAGAAGUAAGUCAUUAGCAAGAGAAGAACUUGUUAGCAGUCAUGAAUUAGCACUUCUGUGAUGAAUGAUAUUCUUACCGCUUCUUUGCUAUUUUACAGAAGUAUUUGAGUUGUUUAAUUACAGUCUGGUAUAUAUGUUAUAUUCACAUGAGUUUCUACUUGAUCUUCUCCAAAAACACUUCAAACAGAAAAGACAAAUCAAUCAAAUUCAUUCGCUUCUAAUCACAAGCUGUCACUUGUUUUUAAAACCCUCGUCCCAACCUUCAAAAUGGAUAAAAACACUUCUCUACAACACCUUAAUAAGAGCGCAUCUUAAUUUUGGUAAUCCUUAUAAAUCCUUACUUCUUUUUACUUAUAUGCUUUCUCAUCAAGCGCCACCAAAUAAUCACACUUUUCCUUCUGCAAUCAAAGCUAUUUCGUCUUCACCCACUUUUGCUUCAUUCUUAGGUAGACCUGUUCAUAACCAAGCUAUCAAACGUGGGUUAUCGUUUGAUCCAUUUGUUCAUGCUUCAUUUGUCAGUUUCUAUGCGCAAUUUGGUCAUCUUCAAGAGGCACAAAAGGUGUUCGAAGAAAUACCCGAACCGUGCAUGGUUACAACAAAUGCAAUGCUUGAUGCUUACGGGAAAAAUGGUGAAAUGGAAUCUGCUGUUUUACUCUUUGAAAAGAUGUCUGAACGUGACGUGUUUUCUUGGACAAGUGUCAUUAACGGAUUUGGAAAAUGUGAGUGUUUUAACGAGGCAAUGUGGUUUUUUAAAAAGAUGAUGGCGCAUGAAGAUGUGAUUGAUUGUGAUGUGAGGCCUGGUGAAGCUACAUUCGUUUCUGUUCUUUGCUCAUGUUCGAAUUUGGAUGGAGGUGGAUGUCUUUAUCAAGGAAAACAGAUCCAUGGUUACAUUGUUAAGAAUGGGAUAGAGUUGACUGCUUUUCUAGGAACAGCUUUGAUUUCUAUGUAUGGCAAAACAGGUUGCAUGGACAGUGCUUUUGAAGUUUUCAAUGGAAUGUCAGAUAAAAAAGUGUGCACUUGGAAUGCACUAAUGUCUUCCUUGGCUUGUAAUGGUAGAGAGCAAGAGACUUUAAGUAUGUUUGAGAAGAUGAGAGUAGAAGGAUUUCACCCAAAUGAGAUAACAUUUGUUGCUCUUCUUACAGCUUGCGCUCGAGCCGGGCUCGUGGAAUUGGGAUUAAAAUGGUAUCAGGCUAUGUUGCCUGAUUUUAGGGUUAUUCCAAGGAUGGAACACUAUGGGUGUGUAGUUGAUCUUUUGGGAAGAGCAGGUUUAUUGGCAGAAGCAGAGGAGUUUGUAAAAAGUAUGCCUUUUCAGCCCGAUGCAACUGUUUUAGGGGCUCUUUUGGGUGCCUGUAGGGUUCAUGCGAAUGUCGAUUUGGCAGAUGCGGUGGGGAGAAGGUUGCUUACGUUGCAACCACAACAUAGUGGGAGAUACGUCGUUCUAUCAAACAUUUAUGCAGAAGCAGGUAAAUGGGACCAUGCUUCUAAGAUAAGAAAAGCCAUGGUAGAUGGGAGGAUAAGGAAGACUCCUGCCCAAAGUUGUGUCGAACGUUUUUAAUGAAAAUGAUUGCCAAGUAGACCAGUGUUGAGCAAACUGAUGAAAGAUUAUCGAAAAUUAACAAUUAAUACAAGCCUAAACAAGUCUGUUUUUGGUCGGAGUGGCAAAAAAGUGACUUUUGAUUGUUUACUGAUCUGGAGAGGAGGUGUGUAAAAAACCAAAUUCUUUCAUAUUAUAUUAAAAUAUGUAGCCAGUUUUUUGGUGCUCAGCUACAUUUUCGCUGGCUUAGGCGAAUGCAGUGCUGAUUGGGGAACCUAAGCUGCUAUAUUAGAUGGAAUGUAAAAUAUGACUUAUGUUUUCAUCAUCAACUGUGGAAAGAAAGGAUUUGCUACCUUAGGCUGGUUUCUCUAUCUUCGCGGUAACCUGAUUUUACUGAAAAUUCUUUCACUCAGCUUGAUAGUAUUGUUUCAUGAUGGGAUUUAGGUCCACCUGUAUGUGAUUCCCUGGAGAUUGAUGAAGCUGAUGUCCCCAUAGUUGCAGAGAAGAAUCAAUGAUGGUUACGGUUUGGAAGGCUUGGGAAAGCCUAGUCCUACUUUCCAACUGAUGGGGAUGUCAGAUGUGUAUGUGUAAUAGUAAAUGAGCUAGUCAUGAUGGCAGAUUGGUGCCGGAGUCUUGGAGAUGUGUUUGUGCAUAUCACAACCAGGUACCUCUUUUGAAUCUUUCAUUUCCAACAAAAUUAAAAGAAAGUUACUGAUUUAUUUGGUUUCAGA